UCAUCUCUGCCACAAAAUAUUCUGUGACCCCACGUUUGCCCAUUUACUCCAUAGAUAUAUGCCAAGUCCAACACCACUUAACACACCCUUCGCAACUUGCAAAACCAAAGAGAGAGACCCUCACGGAAAAAACAGAGCAAGCAACAAAAACUGAGAAGAAGAGGAAGAAAGAAGAAGAAGAAGAAGAAGAAGAAGCCAUGGUUUUAUUUUCCCAAUCCCAAACAGAUUUACCCUUUAACGAGAAUGACUCACAGGACAUGGUCAUAUACCAAGUUCUCAACGAAGCCAAUGCUCUCACCAACACAUUUCUACCACAGAGGCUCCACCAACCACAGCACGGCUUAGAAGCCACAAGAAACAUAGCCAAGAAGCACUAUAGAGGGGUUCGGCGCCGCCCGUGGGGGAAGUACGCCGCCGAGAUUCGCGACUCGGCGCGCCACGGAGCCAGAAUAUGGCUUGGCACAUUCCAAACGGCUGAAGAAGCCGCCAUGGCUUACGACCGAGCCGCUUUCAAAAUGAGGGGUGCUAAGGCCUUGCUGAAUUUCCCAGCUGAUGUUGUUGCUGCAGCUUCCAAGGAGAUGGAGCUAUCUUCUAAGCUCGAUAUGAAUAAUCACGAUUCUGUUUCUGAUUCAAGUGCUAGUAGCUCUUGCACAAAUUCCACUCAGGUAAACAAGUCACAGUUAGAAAGCACAAGUAGCACAAGCUAGGAAAUGGGUCUUUGGGACACUGCACAAUUGUAGAGAGAUCUUUUUCCUGAAAUGGGUUCGUUCAUUUGUAUCUGUAUGACAAACAGGAGAACCAAAAAUAAUCAAUUGAAUGUGUUAAAAUGGUUGGUGAUUUUUUUUAUUUUCUAUUUGUUAAAUCCUUUUUGGUUUAAUGUUAAGUGCUAUUUGUUUUCUCGUCUUUUAUGGGUCCCCAGAGCCUGUAUAUAAAGAUAGGCUAUAGUUGUUCAAAGUAAUGGGAAAAGUGACCAUAGUAUCGCCAAUCCAAUAAUUGCAAGUUAAUCUCCGUUUUCGGAAUGGUUGGUUUGAUUGAUAGUGCGGCCUGGAAUGGGGGCCAUAAUCAAUUCAGAAUAAGUCACCAAUUUUGCAUUCAUUGAGGGUAGUGUUAUUAAACAUAAAGUCAAUGUUUGAUUCUAUUGCAAGAAUGAAAGCCAUUAUUAU